AUGGAAGACUACAUCGAUAUCGCUGCGCUCGUCCUUGACAAUGGCUCAGGCGUGUGCAAGGCCGGCUUCGCGGGUGAGGACGCCCCCCGGGUGGUCUUCCCCUCCAUUGUCGGGCGCCCGCGGCACCAGGGCAUGUUGAUGGGCAUAGGCCAGAAGGAUUCCUACGUGGGUGAUGAGGCCCAGAGCAAGAGAGGCAUCCUGACCCUCAAGUACCCCAUUGAGCACGGUGUCAUCACCAACUGGGAUGAUAUGGAGAAAAUCUGGCACCACACCUUCUACCAUGAGCUGCGCGUGGCCCCCGAGGAGCACCCGGUGCUGCUGACCGAGGCCCCACUGAACCCCAAGUCCAACCGUGAAAAGAUAGCCCAGAUCAUGUUCGAGAACUUCAGCACCCCGGCCCUGUACGUGGCUCUCCAGGCGGUGCUGUCCCUCUACGCCUCUGGCCGCACCACCAGCAUUGUGAUGGACUCUGGCGAUGGGGUCACCCACACAGUGCCCAUCUAUGAGGGGUAUGCCCUCGCCCACGCCAUCUUGCGCCUGGACCUGGCCGGCUGGAACCUAACGGACUACCUCGUGAAGCUCUUGACCCAGCGUGGCUACCGCUUCACCACCACGGCCGAGCGGGAAAUCGUGCGUGACAUCAAGGAGAAGCUGUGCUACGUGGCCUUGGACUUCCAGCAGGAGAUGUCCACGGCAGCCACCAGCUCCUCCCUGGAGAAGAGCUACGAGCUGCCUGACGGCCAGGUGAUCACCCUCGGCAAUGAACGGUUCCGCUGCCCUGAGGCGCUCUUCCAGCCUCGCUUCCUGGGCCUGGAAUCCUGCGGCAUCCACGAGACCACUUUCCACUCCAUCAUGAAGUGUGACGUCGACAUUCGCAAGGACCUCUACGCCAACACGGUGCUGUCCGGGGGCACCACCAUGUACCCAGGCCUUGCCGACCGCAUGCACAAGGAGAUCUCAGCCCUGGCACCCAGCACCGUGAAGAUCAAGAUCAUCGCUCCCCCGGAGCGCAAGUACUCUGUGUGGAUCGGCGGCUCCAUCCUGGCGUCACUAUCCACCUUCCAGCAAAUAUGGAUCAGCAAACAGGAGUACGCCGAGGCUGGCCCCUCCAUUGUCCACCAUAAAUGCUUCUAA